GUGUGUGUGUGUGUCAUUGAUUUGUUUCACCUUACUAGGAAGUGUUGUGUCCGGGAAGGGGAGGGACUCCCGACAACUCAGGGGCGCUGCUGUGUUUUCCGAGCUGCGGAGUGCGGCUUUUUAAUCCCGAAAACACCACUUUGUGCUGGUUUUAGCUACAAGAACAAAGAGUUGAGCUACAAAUCAAAGCGCCUUUUUUUUUCUUUCCCUCCAAUCGUUUCAAAGGCAAGCUAGCUCCUGGCCUGGCACGCACGUGCGCAAUGAGAGCCUGUUUUUAAGCUAACACCCUCGAAGCUCGCGAGUGGAGUUUGAACUUUGUCAUGUCCAGCCUCUGGCGGACAACCAGCCGAGCGGCGCGGCUCGUCGCCAGACGCGGUCUUUGGGGAGUUCAGCCGCGGCGCCUGAUCAUCGACACGUCCUACUCGGCGCACUUCAUGGAUUUCCAAGGCGCCUCCAUCGCGAGCAGCAUGAAGAAGCUGGUCGUCACCGAGCUCAGUCCCAGGUUCCGAGAGGCCGUUUCAGCGCGCACCGUUUCCGUUCCGACACCGGGAGACGCCGAGCUGCUCGUCAGAAAUCGCUUUGUGGGGAUCAACGCUUCUGACAUUAAUUACUCGGCGGGCCGUUACGACCCCUCGAUGAAGCCUCCCUUCGAUGCUGGUUUUGAGGGGAUCGGCGAGGUGGUCGGCCUCGGCCUCAGCGCCAGCUCCCGUUACACCGUCGGCGACGCCGUGGCCUACUUCAGCAGCGGCGCGUUCGCCGAGUACACGGUGGUUCCGGUCAAGGAGAGCGUGCCCGUUCCCUCGGUGAAGCCCGAGUUCCUCACCCUGCUGGUGAGCGGCGCCACGGCCUACAUCGCCUUGAAGCGUCUGGGUGACCUGGCCAAAGACGAGACCGUCCUGGUGACGGCAGCGGCAGGAGGAACGGGUCAGUUCGCCGUGCAGUUUGCCAAACGUGCCGGCUGCCACGUGAUCGGGACUUGUUCUUCCGACCAGAAAGCAGCCUUCCUGAAAUCCAUCGGGUGUGACAGGCCCAUCAACUACACUAAAGAAGAUGUCGCUAAGACGCUGAGGGAAGAGUACCCAAAAGGCCUAGACGUGGUGUACGAGUCAGUCGGAGGCAGCGUCUUAGAACUGGCAGUGAACAGUCUGGCUAAUAAAGGCAGGCUGAUAGUGAUAGGCUUCAUUUCAGGUUAUCAGAGCGCAUCAGGCGUCCCACCCUUCAGAGGAGGAACUCUGCCGGUUAAACUGCUGCAGAAGUCGGCCAGCGUUCGGGGCUUUUUCCUGCCCCACUUCCUCAGUGACUACAGGGAGGCUCUGAGCAGCAUGAUGCAGAUGUUUGCCAGAGGAGAGCUGGUGUGUGAGGUGGACUGUGGGGAGAUGUCGCAGGAGGGGAGGUUUGUGGGCCUGGAGUCGGUUUUCCGAGCUGUGGACUACAUGUAUGCAGGGAAAAACCUGGGCAAAGUGGUUGUAGAGGUGACGCCUCCAGCCGGGAGGAAUAGUAAGCUGUGAGUUAAAUAAACGAGCAAAGAAAGACAUCAUAGCUGAAUGCUACACUGCUAAUCUGUGCCCAGGAAGAGUCCUUUAUUUUCACAUGAAGUUUGAUUAACAAGCUGAUAAUGUAAUGAAUAAACAUAAUUUAAUUAAAAAUUGUUUUUAAAAAGAA